CACCUUCCCAACAUAUCCAUCAUCACCACCAACCACCACUGACAUCACCACGAGAUGCCAGCUGCAGUCAAGUCUGCAAAGAAGGCAAUCGCCAAAGCUGGUUCGAGCUCAAAGGCAGCCGUAGACAAGGCACUCAAGGCUGCUGAGCCACUUGUUCAGGACGACGACGAUGACGAUGAGAUGGACAGCGACGAGGAUGACUCGGAUGAAGACGAGGAGAAUGAUGGCGUAUCGCAAAGGGGCAUCGACCGCCUGAUGAAGGCGCUUGGUGAGGACGGAUUGGACGAGGCUGACUACGCCGCUCUGGAGGCUAUUCGAGCUCAGCGAGGGGAAGACGGCGGUGAGGACGAUGAGGACGAUGAGGACGUCGACGAGGACGACGACGAGGACGACGACGAGGACGACGACGAGGACGAGGAGGAAGAAGUCGAUGAGGAGAUCUCAACUCCUGCAGCUGCGAGCAAGGACACUCUCGCAGCCAGUCUCGCACGCAGCGGUUUGAUCCCUCAAGAUGAUGACGAGGAAGACGAGGAAGAUGAAGAGGACGAAGACGAAGAGGACGAGGCAGACGCCGACGCCUCUGCGAUCCCAAUCGACUCUCUUACAGACAGCGCAUACGCCGCCCUCCCGGACACUGUCCGCGCACAACGAUUUCACCGCGAGAAGAUCAACAAUGGCCCCGCUCUCAACGCCGUACGCGACUCGAUUGCACUCGAUGGCCCCUCGUCGGCGCCGACCCCAAUGCCAUGGGUAGAGCACAUGUCCCUCACUUGGGACCAAUCCGUCUCUUUUCUCCUCGAAGAGCAAGGAGCCACAGCAUCCGACGACUUGGCGCGCGAGGUCCUCUUCUACAAGCAGGCCCUCUCCGCCGCCACGACUGGCCGUGCCAAGUGCCUGGCCGCCUCGUUGCCCUUCACUCGCCCACCCGACUUCUUUGCCGAAAUGGUCAAGACGGACGAGCACAUGGAGCGAGUCAGGCAGCGUCUCCUCGACGAGAAGUCCGGCAUUGAGGCAUCCGAGGAGGCCAAACGUCAGCGCGAGCUCAAGAAGUUUGGCAAGAAGGUCCAAGUAGAGAAGGGUCUGCAGCGUCAAAAGGAGAAGAGGGAAAUGCAGGAGAAGGUGGCUGGUCUCAAGCGCAAGAGGGGUGGCGCUGCUGCUGGUGAGGGGCAGGAGGGCGACGAUGAUGACUUUGAUAUUCGGGUGCAGACUGCGCUGGGGGACGAGGAGGAGAAGGAGAAGCGUCGCGCUGCUGCUUCUCAGCGUGGUGGACGCGGUGGGCGUGGUGGGGGUAAGAUGCCCCGCUCGGCCAGAGAUUCAAAGUAUGGCUUUGGCGGCAAGAAGCGCUUCAGCAAGAGCAACACCAAAGAGAGUACCGAGGGUGGGACCGGCAAGUACUCGGCGCCCUCUCGUGGGGGCCGAGGAGGGCGGGGUGGUAAGGCGGGGCGUGGUAGCAGCAGACCUGGCAAGAGCAAAAGGCAGGGCCGAUGAGCGGGCAUCUCAGAUCACAUCGCAAUACACAGCAUUCAGCACGCG